GGUGCGCAGGCGCAGAGAACACAGACUGAGACGUAACAACAUGGCGGCCACCAGAGCAGUGCAGGCCUCUCCCUGUGCGCCACUCACCCGAGAGCCCUGAGGAGACACCCGGAACGGUAUUUCCGCCCUCUUGUGAUGGACUCCCUUGGUGCCCCUGGGGGCAGUAAUGUUCCCGCCUUCCUGGCAAAGCUGUGGAGUCUGGUGGAGGACCCCGAGACAGAUCCCCUUAUAUGCUGGAGCCCGGAGGGGACGAGUUUCCACGUCUUCGAUCAGGGCUGCUUCUCCAAAGAGGUCCUUCCCAAGUACUUCAAACACAACAACAUGGCCAGCUUCGUCCGCCAGCUCAACAUGUAUGGUUUCCGGAAGGUGGUCCACAUAGAACAAGGUGGCCUCCUAAAACCAGAGAAGGAUGACACGGAGUUCCAGCAUCCAUACUUCAUCCGCGGCCACGAGCACCUACUGGAGAACAUCAAGAGGAAGGUCAAUAAUCUGUCGGGAGGGAAGACGGAGGAGGUGAAGGUUCGCCAGGACAAUGUUGGCAAACUCCUGACUGACGUACAGCUCAUGAAAGGCAAACAGGAGAACAUGGACUGCAGGCUGGUGGCCAUGAAACAUGAGAAUGAGGCGCUGUGGAGGGAGGUCGCCAGUCUGCGACAGAAACACGCCCAACAACAGAAGGUGGUCAAUAAGCUCAUCCAGUUCCUCAUCUCUCUGGUCCAAUCCAACCGGAUCCUCGGAGUGAAGCGGAAAAUACCUCUCAUGCUGAAUGACACUAGCUCCGCCCAUUCUCUACCGAAGUACAGCCGCCAGUACUCCCUGGAGCAUGUCAACGGGAGCGCCACCUACCCCGGCUCUUUCUCUGGAUACACGGACUCGGCUCUUUACUCUCCGGAACCCCUAGAAGGACCCAUCAUCUCCGAUGUGACGGAAGUUUCCCAGUCCAGCCCCUCGGUGUCCCCGUGCCCCAGCCUGGAGGACAGUCCUGUGAUCCUCAUCAAGGAAGAGCCGUCCUCCCCCAGCAGCCCCGCCCUCAGUGAGCGCAGCCCCGCCCUCAGUGAGCACAGCCCGGUGUCACAGGAGGAGAACGUUCUGUCACCUUCCACCUUCAUCAACUCCAUUCUCCAGGAGAACGAAUCCAGCGAAGGGACCGCCAAAGAGGGAGGAGCUGCCCCGCCUCCACAGCCCUGCCUAAGUGUGGCCCGGCUGGACAACAUCACUUGCAGUCGGCAGAUGUCAGAAGUGUCCCGUCUAUUACCCAGCGCCACCUGCUGCUCAUCCUCCUCACUGCAGAGCAGAAGCGAGCCUGGGAACGACCUGAAUGACCACGUGGACGUCAUUGACUCGGGUCUGGACAGUCUGCAGAGCAUCUUCAACACCCACAACUUCAGUGUGGACUCCGGAGCCCUCCUGGACCUCUUCAGUCCGGCUCUGAGUGGGCUGGAACUUCCGCUUACCGACCUGGACUCCAGCCUGGCCAGUAUCCAGGAUCUCCUGUCUUCCCAGGAUCAGCGAUCGUCUGACACCGACCCAGAAGAUGCCGGAAAGCAGAUCGUACAUUACACGGGGCAGCCGGUUAUCCUGAUGAACUCGGCCGGCUCGGAUCUUCCCAUUCUUUUGGAGUUGGAGGAUGAGGAGGACCCCACCCUCUCCCUCCUGUCCUGGGGCUCUCAGAACAAGUCCGGGGGGUCGGGGGUCUGAGGGACGGCGCCCCCUGCAGGAUGGUAUAGUGACUGCUUCUCUCUCCCGGGACAAUGGAUUCUGAUAUUGCGGCUUUCCUUCUCUGCUGUGUUGAGGCGUCGCAUCGCCGCUGCCAUGACCUGGUUGUGUGUGCGUGGCGCUGCCCCUGUGUGCUGGGUGUACCGCUGGAGGAUCGGGGUCUAUGAGGACAGAGCAGACCGGCUCCCCGAGACUCCGAGGUUACAAGGAAUCCUCCUCACCCCCGCUCUCCAAUCACGAAGAGGUGGCAUUGCGGCUUCGCACUAAAUACUGUCUGAUGUCAUCGUCUACCCGUCAUCUGAUCGUUGCCAUGGUCACACAUUCUGUCUACAUUGCCUGAUACCACUGUCACUUUAUGCUAUAAGACACGAGUUACACUGCACCGGGACUUGGAGGGCCCGGACCCCACUGAGCUGGGGGUAUGUGACCCCUAAAGACCUAGGAGGGCC